AUGUUCUCACCCCUUACUACUGUGGUGAGCUCUGGGUUGGGCAGGAGAACUUGGAGGUCCAACCAAUGGAUGUGUGAACUUGAAUUGGAAUCUCCCAUCCAACUCUUGUGCUCAAUGAGAAGGUUGGUCUUGCAAAACUUGAUGUCCAUCCAACCUGGUUCAGUGGCUUCUCUUAUCAGUUGGGUUCACUCCAGCAGCACACAAGAUGGUGUGAUGACCCCUCCAACACUUAGCCUUCCCUCGUUGAUGCCUAGUGUUGUAAGCUGUGAUCUUGUAGGUGGAGAUGGUCAAGGAAGAGGCAUCAAGUUCCCUGUCAUGUCUAUCUCCUCUGAUCCUUCUUGCCAUCCUUGUGCGUGA